UCUUAUAUAGACGGUGAUGAGGUGUGAUUUAUUUUGAUAAGCGUUGAACAACUUGAAUUGAAAAUAUGAUAAAUAAAAUUUUUAAAGUUUUCUCCGCUAUAGCUCUUUUGUAUCUCUUUUACUUUUUUGAUUCUAUCAAUCGUUUCCUCAUCAUAUUUGGUGUUGUUGGAGUUAUAGGUUUAAAUGUGUUAAAAUUCAAAGGUUUUGGAAAUAGGAAAAACACACGUAGAAAAGAAUGCAAGACCGAGACUGAACGAAAUAAGAAGGCAAAAAAGACAAAGAGAAAGGCUUACGGUCGAUAUAAACAAGGAUUUUCGGAAAAUAACAAGAACAGUUCUUGUGAAUUAGCUCAGGAAUGGGAUUUCUGCGGAAUAGAACCACAUAUUAAUGCAGACGACGGUAUUCCAAACGUCUCGACUUGUUUUGAUUGGCCGAUUUACGAUCAAGACGAUUGGUCUGAACUCAUUCAAACUUCAAGGGAAACCACGAAAUCUAAAAAUAAACAUGAAAUCGAUUGUGAAAAAGAAACUAUAAAGACUAAUGAUGCAUCGUCAGCAAUCAGUUAUAACGACACAGGUGAUCCUGUAAGUAUCACACAUACUGAGGAAACGAAAAAUCAUAGUUUAGUUGAUAAUGACAAUACAAUUGAUGACACUCUAUUAUUUAUAAAAUUAAAUACCAAAAAGAAAAAGAAAAGGGCGGAAAGUGUUUCUGAAAUACAACAAAGGAUCGAAAAGAGCGUUCCUGAAAAAAAGAAAGCAGCGAAAAGUGAUUCCACGAGGCAGCGAAAAGAGAGAAAAAGGGAAACAAAUAAAAGGGAAGAAGAUACUCAACAGAGUAGUCUCCCUUCCCCUUCGGAGGUGCAAUUAACACUAAUGGAGGCUGACAAUAUAUCUGGUUUAAUAGAAAAAAGUCACAAGGCUUUGGCGGAAGGUAAUGAAGAAGACGCCAAACGAUUUGCUUUACAGGCUAUUAUUGGUAUAAACAAUGAGAAAGAAACGUUCCUUACCGGACUACACGUUACGGUCACGGAACAGCAAUUAGCCGACUGGUACGGCGAGUGUGCCUUUAUUCUGAACACGAUUGGGGAAUUCAUAACAGCUGCAAAAUGUUUCUACACAGCUACAAUAUUUGAUGCUAAAUGGAAGGUUGAAACACACACCGUUGUGGCCCAAGUACUGUGGAAUGCUAUAGUUUUUGAAGAAAAUAUAUUCAUUCUGUUUGGAAACCUUCAGAAAAUAAGGGUUCUCCUUGCUGAUCUGGACACUUUAGCCAAGCUUGCAGAACGACGGAGAAAAUGGUCGGUUUGCAUAAAUAUAGAUGGAGAUAUAAACAAAGUGUACAAGUUUUUAAUAGUUAUUGGCUGCAUACGAGAGGAUCUUAUCAGCCAGCCAGGACGUAAAAGUGGAAUAUGGAGAGCGGCAAGAUGCUAUCUUCAGUUGAACUUACAUCAAGAGGUUAGGAAAGUAUGUAGCACAAUUUUGCAGCACGUUUGUGAUUAUGACGACUCGGAAGCUUUGGAAAUUUGGGCUAGAUCACUGUACAACACAGGCGAUUACGAUCUAGCUUUAAAGAAAAACAAGCUAGCUCUGAAGUACUGCUCGAAUAAAGGUGAUCAAGAAAGACUUAAUACUUUCGAAGCUGAAAUAGCCCAAAAAUUAGAAGAAUCUUCUGUUUUGCAAAUUGGUCCAGAUGAAUCUUGGCUAGAAGGAACAAAUGCAAAUUGUUCAAAUGAGUCUGCUAGCAGGAUAGAUGCAACUCCAAGGAGAUUAAAGAGGCGACAUAAAAGACCAAAAGCGAUUGAUCGAUCUGGAAGCAAUACGCCUAUGUCAAGAUCGCAGUCACUAGAAAGAAAGAAAGGAACAAGGUCAUCAUCAUCCACAUCGUUAAGAGACACCGAAAAGGUUACACUUAAAACAGUCACAACGGCAGCACAUCGGCUUCAGAGUGAAAGAUUCCGAAAUGUUAGUGGUUGCAGUGCAGCGACUUCGACAACCGAUACAUCUGGUUUUGGAACAGAAACGUCUUUCGACUACAGUGUAUCAGAUAGUGACUCCGACGAUAAUGAAAGUGUUAAUUAUGAUUUACAUAUUAGAAAUGGAAGUCCAGAUCUGAAUUCGAUUUCAGAGCAAGAUGCUGAGAUAGAUUAUAUGCAAGAGCAAAUGUCAUUUUAUGAACAAAGUUGCAGAUUCUACCAGCAAAAUGAUGAAGUAUCUGAAAGCCUAGGUAGAGCAGAGAGUGAAGAGACACUUCUUAGGACAGGAAUUAGUUUGAAUAUGUCGUAUAUGCAUCAGUUUGAAGACAAAAAUCCAAAUGUAUUGAAAAGAGAAAGUUUUUAUACAGAAUUCUAUGACAAAGCUAAGCUUCAAGAAUUGAUGUUAAAAAAUCCGAAGAAGUACAUCAAAUGUACCAUUCAGAUAGAAGGAUGCCACGAAGCAUUUUGUUGUCCGGUCGAUUCACGUGAUUCUAUAAGCAUAAUUGAAAUUUCUGGUCGAUCGAAAAUUGGACAGGCUUUUAAUGAAGAUGAGGUUAUAGUUGAAAUUCUUGACGACCAUGUUUCUAAAGAGAAGCGAUACGGGCAAGUUAUUGGUAUAUGGAAUAGACAAAGACACAACAACACAAAACAUCCGGUUUUUAUCUGCACCCUUGACGAUAUGGAAAGUCAUCUUGUUCGACCAAUGUGUAAAACUAUUCCAAAGAUACAUGUUUUAAAUAACGAGAUAAAGCAAAAAUACAAAGAUGAAAAGGACAGAAGAAACAAAGUUGAAAUAUACGAAUAUGAUGAAAGGGCCGGCAUAUUAUGCAAUCCCAAAAUAUUUGAAGUUAAUCCAGCUGAGCAAGGCUCUGUUAUUUUUCUAGUAGCUUUUAUCAAAUGGGGUGCUCGACAUAUCUACCCAAAAGGGGCAAUCAUUAAACGACUGCCAAGUGGGAGUAGUGUCGCAACUGGCCUAAUGGUUCUCAACCUACAGCAUGAGGUGCCAACUCUUUAUAAAAAGAAAACAGUGGAACAAGUAUCGAGCAUGAUUAAAAGAGCGAGCGAUGAAGUACCAGAGCAAAUGUUACAUGAAAGAGUAAAUCUUACUAAUUUGAAUACAUUUACCAUUGAUCCUCCUGGUUCUAAAGAUCUGGACGACGCACUCAGUAUUGAAAUAAUUGAAGGCGGUUACAAAGUAGGCGUCCAUAUUGCAGAUGUGGCUAUUUUUAUUCCAAGGGACUCUCCUUUAGACGAAGAAGCGCGAAACAGAGCUACAACUUUUUAUCCAGGCAUACGAAAACCCAGAAAUAUGAUUCCAGAACCGUUAAGUUCAAAUAUUUGCAGUCUCCUCGAAGGUAAAUUGAGACUGACAAUAUCUGUUUUCUUUUACAUCGGAAGUAAUGGACGACUUCUAAGUAUGGAAGGCAACAAUGUAGAAAUCGUAAAAUCCUACAUAAAAUCUAAAAAGCAAUUGACUUAUGGACAAGCACAAGAAUUGAUAUAUGCUUCGCCAGAAGAUAGCAAUGACAUUUUGUCAAAUGAUAUCAAGUGCCUUUUUAAAAUUGCACAUGCAAUCCGUAAAAACAGGUUGGGAAAUGCCAUGUUUGCUUUAGAUGCUGAUUGGGAAGAGAUCGACCAGGGCUCGGAGGAAGAAGAAACAAGAGAAGCUCACUAUUUGAUUGAAGAGUUCAUGAUAAUGACCAAUAAGAAAGUAGCAGAAAGACUGUUGAGGACUUACAGGGAUUGUGUUCCUCUGCGCUGUCAGCCACCGCCGUCAAAAGAAAGUCUUGAUGCGUUUUUCAAAAGAAAUGACCAAUACUUAGACAUUCUUGUAAGAUUCCAAGAUAAACAAUUUGGACCAAAACGACCGAGCGUUUAUGAUUGCCUGAAUGAUCAAACCUCUCAAAGGGUUAUGCUGUCAAAAUCAAUUUGGGAAGAAAUGGUUAAAUCACCAAAAAUUGCAGCUGCAAAAUUAAUAAGAAAAGACGACAUACACCCUUUGCAACUUGUGAUUUACCAGCAUUGGCUGUCAAUCCAAGAACGUGCAGGUUAUAGAUGUUCCGGCAGCCUUGUCAGCAAAGAAGAUUUUACACACUUCAGUCUAAACAUGGUUGCGUAUACCCAUUUUACAUCUCCAAUAAGAAGAUACAAUGAUUUGAUCAUACAUCGUCUUGUCCAUGCUGCAGUAUUCCAAAAGAUAAGGUCUCCUUAUGAAAAAGAAGAAAUUGACAACAUUUGCAUGCAUAUAAAUUCCGUUGCGAAACGUGCUAAAGCGUAUGAAAAGGGUUGUAAAUCACUACAACAAGCAAUGGAUUACAAAACAAAUCCAAAGAUGAUUGACUGCUAUGUUGAUGAAGUUACCGAAAGAGGAAUGAUGCUAUGCUCUCCUUUUUUGAAGUAUGUAGCAAGAAAUUGCAGAGAACUAACCUUCAAUCAUCUAGACAUGGUAGCCAAACCAGAAGUUUUAGAGGACCUAAAUACACACUGGAAUAUGGUACGAGCAGUCUGGAGAAAGAGACUGUAUGACUUUCACGUGCGUCCUAACUAUCCACCUGAUCGGGGAAAUGAAUUAAGGUUAAAUCCACACAAAGGAGUUGUCUUCCUCCCACUGUAUCAAUGGGCAAAAAUGUUGAAAAGCACCAUAGAAGGUCAUAUUGAUGAUCUUUCCCGGGCAGUUAGAAAUGCUGAUAUAGUACAUCAUGGGGAAGGGCUUGAUGAUGUCUCCACGGAAUGCUUUGAUCCAUUGAAUAUUCAACCCAGCACACGAUUUUCCAUGACAUUUUCCCGUGGGCAACAACUGAAGAUUCAGAUGUCUGGUUCUCCAUACAAAGGUAUGAUUGCCCCAAAACCCAUGCUUUACGAUAUGUCAAAUAAUGUUAAGCUUUGUUUGCAACAUACAGAGGAUCCAGUUUUACACCUCUACAGAUACGCAACACGUGGGACAUGUGAUCAGUAUAAGUCGGUUAAAGUAUAUUUAGAGAGAUGGUUACCAUUGAUGUUGAUGGAAUCUGCUACUGGUGUCGUAAAGAAUGAAGAAUCAUGUAACAUCAGUAAUGUACAAAUCAAAUUUUCUGGUGAUAGAAAAGGUAAAUUUGCUCUUGGCUUAGCGGAAUGUGAGGUCAGAAAUAUAGAGUUAUCAGGAACAGUUUCUGACGACGAUGAUGAUGAUGAAUUUGAAAGUAACGGGGCAAAAUCCUACGAUUGGCUCUGCCUUAAAACAACAUUACCAACAAAAAGUAAAGUUGUUGGCAAAAAGUCGCUUGAUUUCAAGUCGUUGCAAUCAGUUUGGGUUGGACAUGCAGAAGUAACAAAAGUAAGGAGGAAAAAAGAGAAGAGAACCGCUGGAAAAGUUACUGUUUCUUUUAAUUUGCACGAACGAGCGCCUGACUUUCCAACUGACUUUCCCGUAGAUAAGCAACGUUUUAGUGUUGAAAUUUUGAGGAAAUCAGAAGUAGACAGGAGAACUGAAACCUUUAUAAAACUUCUUCCAUCAGUUCAAAAUACACUUGCCGCAAAGAUUGCACUCAACAAAAAGAUACCAGAUCUAGAUAAGGAUCAUAAACAUAUUGCAAGUCUUAUUGAACGUGACCUGUACUACGACGCUUGUAGUGAUGACCCGAGACGAAGACCGUUGCCCCCAAACAACAAGAAGCAACAGGAAGCGAUAGAUAAAGCUUUGAAGUCUCGCUUUUCUCUUAUACAAGGACCACCUGGAACUGGCAAAACGUACACAGGAAUCAAACUGGUAUCUCUAUUUAAUAAAAUCAAUGACAUUCAACAUAAAGAAGGAAAACAAAGGAAACAAGUUCUUUUUUGUGGACCGUCAAAUAGAUCAGUUGAUCUUGUUGCAGAAUGGAUGUACAAUAGAAUGGGCAAUUAUUGCCCAGAUUUUGUUCGUGUUUAUGGAAGGUCGAUCGAAGCUUUGGACUUCCCUAUCCCUGGUAGAACGUUUCUGUCGAAGAGAAGCACAAGAAAUCAGAAAACAUCACCUGUUUUAUAUCCUGUAGCCCUUCAUCACUUAAUUCGUCAAAAAGGAAAAAAGUAUGCCGAAGAGAUAAACGCAUAUGAUAAGCUUUUUAAGGACAACAACUACAUGCCGAUGCCAGAGAAAGUUUCAGCGUAUGUACGCAUUGUAAGAGAAGCUUCAAUUGAUGAAAUCAGGAAACACGAUGUUAUUCUUUGCACGACUGCUGUUGGGUCUAAUCCAAAGGUGUUAAAAGCUUCAAAUGUACAUCAGGUCAUUGUGGAUGAAGCUGGUAUGUGCCCUGAACCGCAGUGUUUGGUUCCUAUAAUAGCUACAGAAGCUGAACAGGUUGUGCUUAUAGGGGACCACAAGCAACUGAGGCCAAUCAUAAUGUGUAGGGAGGCUGGUUUACUUGGGAUGGAGAUGUCUUUGUUUGAGCGUUAUGCUGUAACAAAUACAAAACAUAUCAACAAUGUGAAGUUCACCAUGUUGGAGCAACAGUAUCGAAUGAACCCACAAAUCUGUCGUUUCCCAUCAGCAAACUUUUACGACAACGCCCUUGUAACCAUGCCUGGUCUAUGGAAGAAUGGCCAGAUGAGCAUCUGGCCAAGGGAUAUUAAGAAUACAUAUCCACAUAUUUUCGUUCAUGUUGAAGGAGAAGAAAAAGUGUUGACUGUGUCAACAGAAGAUGGAAAUGAACAAUCAAAGAGCAAUACAGCUGAAAUUAAUGAAGUGAUUAAAGUAUAUUCUUACUUCACAAGAGAGCAACCAACACAGUCUGUCCAGAUACUUUCCCAGUACAACGCACAGGUAUCAGAAAUAAAACGACGACUGAAAGAGGAUGGUUAUGUUGAUGAGAAUGUCAGUACGGUAGUUUCAAGUCAAGGAGGUGAAUGGGAUUAUGUGAUAUUCAGCACUGUGCGAUCACUUCCUGACUAUAAGAUAGAGUCAAACCCUACAUUAGGUUGGUGUAAACACAACCUUGGCUUUAUCACAGACCAGAAUCAGAUAAAUGUUGCACUUACUAGAGCAAGGAAGGGCCUUAUAAUUAUAGGAAACAAAAACUUGCUAUCUUGUGAUCAGUUCGUUUGGAAGAAGCUGAUACGUCACUACGAAAAUCGGGACUGCUUGAAGACACCAAAUGAAUUUCCACCACGGGUUGUCCGCACGAGACUUCAGAAAAUGGAGGAACAUCAGCUAGAAAGUGAGCGGCGUUAUGGUGAGACAAUGUACAUCAAAGGUGAGGCAACCUCUUACACCGGGUCAUUUGAUGAUUGGCAAGAAUUCAGGGGAAGGCGCCAUCGUCGUUAUCAGGAAAAUUUGUAGACGAUCACUGCUAGAAAUGUGCUGAUUUGUAUAGAAUGUUUUACAUAUUGCAGAUUUUAUUUGUUUGUCAUGUUGAAAAUGAAAUAUUUCAAAAUUAAUUUUAUAUUUGUUGUAAUAUGAUGUCAUAUAUACAUUGAAUGCUUUGUUGUUUUUUAUUUUGUGCUUAUCUUGCUUAUCAGCAAGUUUAUAAAAUUAAUGCUCACUGUAAGUUUGUAUAUACUUGUUAUUAUUGCCAUCUAUUUCAUUUAAGUAAACCAAAACAUACAUAACUUCAGUAUAAAUACCAUACUUUUGUUGUUCUAAACAUUCAUUCUUUAUUUCAAUGUCUCUAGUCGCAAGCAAGUGAUAUUUUCUUAUAACUUUAGUUUGCACUAAAAUGAAAAUGUGUUUUUCUACUUUUGUUAUAUACAUAUUUAUCUUUCUUUGCCUUUUUAUUUCAUUGUUUAUUUUGCCAGAUUUAAAGAAUUUUAAUUUUGUAUGAAUAAAAUGUUUGCAAGAUUAUCGAUUGUGCCAUAAAUUCGAUCCAUUUUCAUCUUUGACUCUCAAGGAAUUUCAUUUGUUAUUAAAUCAACCAUUGCUUAAAGGUUUUCUUAAACAUACUUUAAAGUCUGCAAUUUUCAACUACAAGUAUUUGUUUUUUUAAUGGUGUUAAAAGAUUGUUUCUUGUCAAUGAAGUACAUUUUUACGACAGAUGACAGAUAUAUUGUCAUGUUCACAAAUUGAAUAAUUGUUUGUAUAACUACUUACUUCAACUUGGUAAUGAAGUACAUACAUACUUUUUUUGUUUACGGUUCCUAGUAACUAAAAAAAUCAUGUUACAAAAUGUCUUAUGAAAAUUGCUUAAAUUACUGGCCUGAAAUACGAAGCAUUGUUCUUUUUAUGUUGAGACAAUGUUUUGAACAUGAAUAAUAGUUACUAUUUAACACAUAGCUUUCAGCAUUGCUCAUGCAUAAUUCAUUUCUUACAUUAAUAUUGAUUUUUUUCCAAAGAUAUUGCAAAGUGUUAACAAAACUUUGAUACGUAUUUUUGUUAUUUUGUAUUCAUUUUCUUCAUCAGUUGAAGAUGCAUGUACUUUAAAAGUGAUACAUUUGUUUAAUUUGCUAGGCUGUGAUAUGUGUUAUAUUUGAGAUUGUCCCUUCGUCAGAAUUUUUAUUUUUCUGUUUUAUUUUUAUUAAAGAAAAUCAAUCUUAACAUUUGUCUUUCAAUCAUUAUUAUAGUAAUAAAUGCAUGUUUCUCAUUUUUGGUUUUCUCAAAAGAAUUAAGGUACCAUACACCUUAUUUUUUUCUUGUUUUGUAAUGUUUGAAUUAUUGAAAUAAAAAAUAACUGAAACAGUU